AUUCUUUUAACAUGGCUUCCCGCUUCUUUACUUUUGACGGUUUCUAUUAACUAAACAUAGUAUCAUAUUUAUUAUAUAUAGAUUUAUUAUUUAAUUAAUUAAUUAUAACUUAGGAAAAAAAAUAGUUAACAUAUUUUUAAUAAAAAUGGGAAAAACAUCGAAAGACAAACGUGAUAUUUAUUAUAGACGAGCAAAAGAAGAAGGUUGGAGAGCUCGCAGUGCAUUCAAAUUAUUACAAAUCGAUACUGAAUGUAAUAUUUUUGAAGGUGUAAAUAAGGCUGUUGAUUUAUGUGCAGCACCUGGCAGUUGGAGUCAAGUUUUGUAUAAAAAAUUAAAUGAAAAUUACGAAAAGGCAUUGGAAAAUGGUGAAGAUAUUACGCCUCCCAAAAUUCUUGCUGUUGAUUUACAAGCGAUGGCACCGUUGAACGGUGUUAUUCAAAUUCAAGGAGACAUUACAAAUGUUAAUACUGCCAAAUGUAUAAUUGAACAUUUUGAUAACAUGCAAGCUGAUUUAGUUGUGUGCGAUGGAGCACCUGAUGUUACUGGAUUACAUGAUAUGGAUAUUUACAUUCAAUCUCAACUUCUACUAGCAGCUUUAAAUAUAACUACUUAUAUAUUAAGACCCGGAGGAACAUUUGUAGCAAAGAUUUUUAGAGCUAAAGAUGUCUCCUUAUUAUAUUCGCAAUUAAAAAUCUUUUUUCCUUACGUCUAUUGUGCCAAACCAAGUAGCUCUAGAAAUUCCAGUAUAGAAGCUUUCGUAGUAUGCAAAGAUUAUUCACCGCCUGAAGGAUAUAAACCUCACAUGUUAAAUCCUCUUCUUACGCAUGAGAAAUGUAACUUUGAUUUAUUGUUGGGAAUUAACAGACUAAUUGUACCAUUUGUUGUAUGUGGAGACUUAAAUCAACCUGAUUCUGAUACCUCCUAUUCGUUUACUAUCGGUGAAGAAAAAAUUACACAUUAUGAAGCGGUGCAAAAACCAAUUGGACCUCCAUAUUUAGAAGCACUUUCUUUAACUCGAAAUAACAGCACUGAUUUUAGAAAAGCAAACGUUAGUGUUGUUAUCGAUAGCAAUCGCUUACUGUCUUUAUCUGAAUUCAAGGAACAAGCAAAGCAAAAACAAAAAUGUAUAAAUGAAAAAUUAAAAGAAGAAGAAAAUAUGGAUAAAAAUCGGGAAGAAGAAAAAGAAGUGGAAGAGAAGGAGGAAGUAGAAGAGAAUGAAGAGGUUGAAGAGAAGGAGGAAGUAGAAGAGAAU